AUGCAACACUUUCUUCUGCUGGCUUUGCCAGUCUGUUCUAUUAGUUAUUGCUUGUCUACCGUUUACUUUCAUGACCCCUCCAUAUACUACUCUAAGUUUAAACUCUAUUCGAGCUAUGGCAAGCCGGGUAUAGUUUACAUUGGAUCACACCAGAACGCCUCUGAAAUAAUCAACAUCAUGUUUCUGAGUGGAACGGGAAAAUUGUUAACUCUAAGUGACCGAGAUGACAUUUAUAUCUGGCAACUGGAGUCGGUGGACGGCACUCAGCCCUGCGUUAAGCAGAUCUGUCAUCUCAGCGCCGUCACACAAGGCCUCGAACAGCGCAGAGUUGACGCAGAUGAAAAUUCAACGGAAAAUACAUUUGCCGAUGUUGCCAGCCACGUAACCGCAUUGUACGCCAAUACCAACGGAACCUCAAUCUAUUUUGGUACUGAACAUGGCCACGUCGCUUUAAUCCAUAAGAAUACUCAAAGCAAGCGUGGAACGCUACAGCAUGGUAACGAAGCCUGGACUUUGCCAACUUACGAUGAAUCAAUCAGCCCUCAACGAGUUCUUCAGACAUAUCGUACUUUUGGCAUGGCAACGUACCACAUGUAUCGUCUUGACCUCUGUGCGGCCUGGCUAGUAAUGCGGGUAUAA